AUGAGCGAAUCAAUGAGAAAUAGCGGGCUUAAGUUCUGUACUGUGUGUGCAUCUAACAACAACAGGUCCAUGGAGUCCCAUAGGGUAUUGGAAGAGGCAGGGUAUGAUGUUUCUAGUUACGGUACUGGAAGUGCAGUUAGACUUCCAGGUCUCUCGAUAGAUAAACCAAAUGUGUAUUCAUUUGGUACGCCUUAUGAUGAUAUAUAUAAUGACUUGAUUUCUCAAAGUGAAGAUAGAUACAAGCAAAAUGGUGUAUUAGAAAUGUUAGAUCGUAACAGGAAGUUAAAAAAAGCUCCUGAGAAAUGGCACGAUGGGAGAAAGGUUUUUGAUUUCGUUUUUACCUGUGAAGAAAGGUGUUUCGACUCUGUGUGCGAGGACCUGAUGAAUAGAGGUGGUCAGCUUAAUCUAAUUGCACAUAUUAUCAAUAUCGAUAUCAAAGAUGAUAAUGAAAACGCUAAAAUUGGUGGGCGAGCAAUAUUAAGAUUGGCAGAUAUGCUAAGAGAUAAAGUUUUUGAAUGUGAGAAAAACGGAACUCAAUUUGAGGAUUUUAUAAUGGAUGUCUUCACUGAAUGGCAAGAGAAAUAUCCAAAACUACCACUAACUUAUUCUGCUGCAUAUUAUUAG